UAUUGUUGUCAUUUUCUGAAAAAAAAAAAUGUUUGUGAGGACUGUACGUCGCUGUAUUAAAUAUGGACUAUAUGGUGGGGUCGCUGCAGGUUGUGCAAUGGUUGCGACUGUGCGAUUACAGGAUCGGGAUUAUAAUUCUUUUGCUGUUGUAAGGCUUUCUAGAGCAGUAUGCACAGCUGUAGAAAUAGGGAGGACUUAUAACAAGAUGUUGUAUAGCAAGGAAUGGGAUCGCGAGUCUAAAGAGUACUUUGAGGUUAGAGCUGAAGCUCACCAAAUUUGCGCGGAGAAAUUACUCGAAUUGUGUAAGGCAAACAAAGGUGUAUAUGUGAAAGUUGGUCAACACGUUGGCGCGUUGGACUACUUACUUCCGAAUGAAUAUGUAAUGACAAUGCGAAUUCUACAUAAGGAUGCUCCACCAAAUGAUGUCAAAGAGAUAUAUAAAGUUAUCAAGCAAGAUUUGAAAAAGGACCCAGAGGAAAUAUUCUCAGAUUUUGAACCUGAACCUUUAGGCACCGCUUCAUUAGCACAAGUACAUAAAGCGAAAUUGAAAGAUGGUACAGAAGUAGCUGUUAAAGUACAGCACUACUUUGUCAGAAAUAGUAUCACAUUGGAUUUAUAUUGGAUGGAAUUUAUCAUAAAAUCAAUGUCGAUAAUCUUUCCCGAUUUUCAAAUGCAAUGGCUGGUUGAUGAAACUAAAAAGAAUAUUGCAAAGGAAUUAAAUUUUAUACAAGAAGGACACAAUGCUGAACGAGUAGCAAAGUUGUUUAGUGAUUAUAAAUGGCUAAAAGUGCCAAAGAUAUUUUGGGAACACUCUACUGAAAGAGUUCUCGUCAUGGAGUAUGUCAGUGGUGGACAAGUGAAUGACGUUAAGUAUAUUGAUGAACACAAAAUUAAUGGAAUGGACCUAUGCAAGAAACUUGGUGACCUCUAUGCCAACAUGAUUUUCAUCAAUGGAUUUGUGCACAGUGAUCCUCAUCCAGGGAAUAUCCUUAUACGGAAAGACCCUGAAGACAAAGAGGUUACUGUCUAUUUGCUGGACCAUGGUUUGUAUGCUGAACUCACUGACAAAUUCCGUUAUCAUUAUUCUAAACUGUGGUUGUCUAUAAUUGCUCGGAAUCGUGAUCAGAUGAAGGAAUAUUCUGUAGCGUUGGGAAUUCGUCCCGAACUUUAUGCAUUAUUCGUUUGCAUGGUCACUGGAAGGCCGUGGGAAACUAUUUUGACGGGCAUUAGUACAACAAAACCGUCAUCAAAAGAGAAACAAACAUUUCAAAAAGAAGUUCCACACCUUGUUCACUACAUAACGCAGUGCCUAGAAACCGUCGACCGACAAGCGUUACUUGUCUUUAAGACGAACGAUUUAAUAAAGAGCAUAGAAUACGCUUUGGGGCUGCAAGACAAAAUGUGUUCAUUCAUGACCAUAACUAAAUGCUGUAAUGUGAGCGUUUACCAAUAUGAGUCCAAGAAUGCAGAAUCAACUAUUACCAGACAGUAUCUCAAAAUAAAAUACGCGUGGAGACUGUUAAUGCUCUAUUUCUAUGGGGUUUACCUGAAUUUUUAUCAUCGUUUUAAUGUAGGUUAAAAGAAAGUCUCAAAUGUACAGUACUUCUAUUUUCUUAAUGUACCUUGGCAAUCAUAGCUUUUCCGAAUGCACAAGAAUAUUAAUUUUCAUGCCCAUUCAUUAUUAGAUUUAUCAUCUACUUUUAUAAUCAUUUGAAUUCAAAACUACGUACUUUAUUGUAGUGUUGAUUUCCGUUUGAACUAUAUAGAGCUGUAAAACUAUUUCCUUGUUUUUAACAACAUUUCCUCCAUGUCAAUAAGCAAGUUAACAAACAUAUAUACUAAAUAAAGUGUGCUUCUUCUAUAUAAUUAAAAAUGAAUAUUUUCCCGGAUAUUAAUAAUUUAAAUUCAGACCAAAUCUGAACGCAUUCCUUCGUCUGACAUAGCUAUGCUAGUAUGUUAGCCAAUAGAUGGAAUAACCAUUUUCGGCGCGGCUUAAACAGUGGUUCAAAUGUUCUAUAUUCAUCCUCACAUUUUAUUGCAUGAUCACAUACUUUUUUCCAUUUUCUUUGAUUGCUGUCACAUUCAUUACAACAUUUUUAAUAGCGUUACAUAAAAUUUUUAAACGUGUCGUUUAAUUUGAGACCAAAUGUUUUAAAUUGGAUUCAAAUCCGGAUAAUAUGGUGGCAGUCGUAAAAUGGUAUGCCCAUGUUCUUUGUUAUUUUUACAAUGUCGCAUAUAUCGAUUUAUAAUGAGUUUGGGUUAUGAAGAAUAUUAUGUUGCUGUAACCCAACUAUAAUUUGUGGUUUUGGAGUGUUUGAAUUCGGGGGUUUAACUGAUUUUAAUCAGAAUUUGUUACGGUAUUGUGCAUUAUCUAUCACUAAAACUUAAGCCAAGUUUGAUAUCCAUCUGCAUUGUUUUAUGGUAAUUACCGUCACUAAAUACAUUUGUAGUGCACUUGGAACAUCUUUUUAAUUUCGAUGAUUAUACGUUCUUUCAAAAUUGUUUUUUUUACUUUUUACUUUUUUAUUUUCCAAGAUUUCCUGUUUGUAACCGAUAUGUGCACAUAAUGAUUCAUCCAUUAAGAUACUCUUUACUCUACUCUUUUUUACCAUCGGCACCUCAACUUCUCAAUUUCUCGGAUAUACUUUAAUCUUUUAUAGUGAAUAUUAUGCUUUUCCAUUAGGACAGCCCUAUUGCUUUUUGUUUUCUUAUAUAGAAAACCUAUAAAAUUGUUCUUAAUGUCUGCAGACAGCCUCUAAAUUGGAUAGCCACAACCAACUUUGCUUUCAAAGUCCUCUAACAAGGUAGUACCUUAAAGCGCAAAUCAAACUCGUAAAUCAUGUUACGUAUGAUAUGUUUCGUCUUUUUUUACCCCUGUACGUGACUAAAAAGGUACUGAUUUACCUUUUUUAUUAUAUUCUUUUAAAAUAUUGUUUACUGUUCCGAGUUAAACACCACAAGCUUCGUUAACACGUUUCUGGACGUUACGAAAAUAGCCAUUGUUGUCUUUCUUGAAUGUAUCGGCUUCUUGUAAAAAAAUACUACUAGGUAUACGCUGUAAUUUAUGUAGUGCCUGUGAUCGUAGUAGCAACUCUAUAUGGAAGUAUAUGUAUGUAAUAGUUAUAAGUACAUAUUUCAGUCGACUGAAUGCGUCCGUCUGUACCAAAGGCAACUGAAUAGGACCCCGCGAAACACGAAGUUUGCUGAGCUACCUUAGGAAAAUAGAAGCACUUUUUUUUGGCUAAUUUAAAUGAAUAGUCUUUGUGGAAAGGGUCUUAUCAUUACCAAAACGUGUUUACGUGUAUUUAGCCUUUAGUAUGGACCU